AUGGGGUCUCGUUUGGUGUCUUUAAUUGUCAAAGAUAAAGUUCGUAACAAUCCUUUGGUAAGGCCUAUUGAGCUGAUUACUGAUUUGAACGAAAAUUAUGGAUUGGAUAUCCCUUAUCAUGUUGCGUGGUAUGGGAAGGAGUCGGUUACUAAGUAUUUACAUGGUGAUGAGGAGUUGUCUUAUGCUCACCUGCCUUGGUAUGUGGAUGUUUUGAAGGCCAGCAAUGUUGGAUCUCAUUGUGUGCUUGAUUGUGGUGAGGAUGGUUCUCGUUUCCAACAGAUCUUUAUAUGUUUCAAGGCCUCCAUUGAUGGUUUUCGAUGGUGUAGGCUUAUGCUGUUCAUUGAUGGUACUUUCGUCACAAACAAGUACAAGGGUACUCUUCUAGGAGCUAUUGCAAAGAAUGGAAAUAAAGGUAGGCAACUUACAUUCAUUUUUGAUAGGCAUGGUGCUAUUAUCGAUGUUGUUAGGACUGUUUUUCCUUCUUCUCCCCAUGGUUUUUGUCUAUAUCAUUUGAAAGACAAUUUGAAAAAGAAGUAUCCGCAUUCUGUUGGUUCCUUUUUCAAGGAUCAUAUUUUAUGGCUUUUUUGUAAGUUGUUGUAUGCACCGACUGUUAAGGAGGUGCGUAGGCCUCCAAUUUAUGAGCUGAUUGACACUAUUAGGAUCAAAAUGAUGGAUAUGAUUUCUAGGAGGAAGCUUGCAUCCGAGAAAUGGUGUAGUGUUUUGUGUUCGGUUAUUCAGGAUGAGUUGAAGAAUUUAGCUUCAAAGGGUCGUGAUAUGUCGCGUGAGUGA